AUGCCGAUGAUCGAGGUGAUCGUGGAUCACCUGGCCGGUGCGGAGGUCUUUUUCUCCCUUGAUUUCUUCAAGGGAACGUUUUCGGGAGCGGCGCAGCGAUGGGCGAUCGUGGAGAAAGAGGCGUUCUCCAUCGUAGAGUGCUUGAAGCUGACAGAUUACCUGCUCCACACGCCGGGUGGAUUCGCGCUGUUUACCGAUCACGCCAAAAAAAAUCUGAAGUUCAUCUUCAACCCAGCCUUGGUCAACGCCGCCAUCCCAAAGUAUACGGCGGCGAAGUUGGACCGCUGGGCGUUUCUGUUGAUGGGCUACACCUACACGAUCUACGACAUCGCGGGCGAAAUGUCCGUGGGCAAAUGGCACUGUCGAAAGUGCCAUGAAAACGGCCCUGAAGACGCUCCGAACGUUGCUCUCGGAAUGGUUGAUGCAACCGGAUCAAUGGGACUGAUUGUGGCAGUCGUGAUGUUGAUCCUCAACCAAAGUCCCUCCGACACCCUCGGUGGUGUCGCGCCGAUUACGGUGAUGACUGGUGCACGAGCGAUGUCACCGCUCGAACUAAUUUGUGUGGAUGGACCCAUCCAAUCGACACUGGAAGACCUCUGGUCUGUGCGAUGUGACGAACUCAAGGCGAUUGUGAAGGUGUUGGAUAAUAUACACGAACAAGUCGCAAUGAAAUCGGCGAAGAAACGCGCUCAAAAUCGAGAUCGCCGUGCGACCAAGUGGGGGACCUCGAUGGCCCAAUUUGACCUGGGGGACUUUGUUCUCUACUUGGAUGUCUGGUCCAUGACCUAUUCCAAGCUCAGUGUCACGUGGCGUGGACUUGCUCAAGGUGUCCGAGUUAUCUUGGAAUGGAUCUACGAGAUUCAAAUUUGA